AUGGCGGACUUCCUCUCUCAACUCUGGGAGUCUGUCUUCACCGCCGGUCCUACACCAACUCUCCUGGUCGCAACCAACGUGACGUUCGGCGCUCUCCAAGUCCUUCUCGCGGGCCUCCUCUUCGCAACCUACAGCAUUCACUUCGCCAUUCUCAGUGUUCUCUGCGGCGGUCUCUGGUACAGCAUCAACUGGUUCGCCGCAGAGAUUGCAGCUGCUCAAGCGAAAGAGGUGGAGGCAGAGCGGAUAAGGAAGAAGAAUGCGAAGGCCGGCGCCGGUAGCAGGGCAGAGGACGAGGGAGCUGCGGAUGAUGAAGGCGAGGAUACAGAGGUCGAGACGGAUGCUUUGAAAGCGAGUACGAUCAGUAGUGGCAGUUGGGAGCCGAGCAAGGAGGAUGAGAGGGUGAGGGAGGAGAUUUUGGAUGCUAUGAGGGUCAGUGGGAGCUCAGCGUCCAAAGCAGCUCCUGGAGAUGUGAGAAAGAGGCAAGGGAAAGCUGAUGAUGGCAACCAGAGUGCGAGCGAGAUUAGCACAGAUAGUGAGUGGGAGAAGGUUGAUGAGAGGUCAUAG